CAGAGAUUGUUCAUGAUGAGCUGUUGAGUUGACCAAUGGAGCUGGUCUGUUGCUGAUUUGAUGGAGACUUGGAGCUUAUAUACCCACGCUUACUGAAAAGCUUCGUCAUGCCAAUGGAUCUUCAUGAAACAGGAUCGAUUGUUGCAUCUCUGUUAUAUCUGUACGGCCACUGAGGGAACAAUCAUGUGUGUAGUGAAUCACCACCAUGGACGUCCUCCGGAAGGGCGGCCGAAUCCACCUCCAUAUGGAUAACCGAAUCCACCAAUAUAAGGACGAUGGGACACACCACCCCACCCUUGACCGAAAUGAGGACGACCGAUGUAACGCUGCUCUUGAGUUUGCUGAUCAGGUGCUACAAGGGAAAUGACUUCAAUGUCGCUGAUGAUGGUCGGAUUGAUGGCGUCUUCGACUGAUAUGCGGCCGUCGCCUUCGUUCAACAUUUCCAUGAAAUUCUGGCGAUUUGCGACUGCAUUCAGGUCCAUUGCCACUUCGGGCUCAUCUGUCCUUGCCUUGCGACAUCCGCCCGUGCAAUUGCGGCAAAUCGAGUUGCAUUUUCCAAUGCCACAACAUGGAUUUGCUCUAGAACCAUCUUGGCAAUAAGCGACAGGCCUCCACAGACUUAAUACCUUCACCACUGGCACCAUCCUGAACUUUGUUGGGCCACAACGCUCGGCGUUGACUUGGUACGAUAUCAUUGACAGGACAGAAAAUGAAAUGAAAAAGCGUAGCAGCGUCAUCUUCAACAUCCUAUUGCUCCACGCUGCUGAGACUUACCGAGAAAUUUCUCGUCGACGACUUGUACUCGCUGUAGGACGUAGACCUACUGAUCAGUUUAAGGGGAGAUAUUCUCUUUUAAACGAAACGGUAGUCUUCGAGAUCCCCGUAGAGGUACUACCGACCUACACCAACAAUGGUGUUUUAAGUUCAUUCCCCCCUUGGUUCGUUGGGACGGAUGCCAUAUCCGUUAGCGAAGCCAGCGCCAGUGGUGUAUCCACUACCGAUUCCGGAGGCAUACCCACUUCCAAUUCCGGAGCCAUACCCGCUUCCAAUUCCGGAGCCAUACCCACUUCCAAUUCCGGAAGAAUAUCCGCCGAUUCCGCUUCCGAUGAGCCCGCUUCCAUAUCCAGUGCCAAAGCCUCCACUUCCGUAGUUGACAGUCCCUCCUCCGCUAUUUCCGUUGCCUUGUCCGUUUGAAACUCCGCCAGCAUUCGACAAACCACCAAAUUGACUGUAGCCUCCAAAGUUCGGAGUAUACUGACGACCGAAUCCGCUUGAAUAUCCAGUGCCAUAACCUCCACUUCCAUAGUUGACGGUCCCUCCUCCGCUAUUUCCAUUGCCUUGUCCGUUUGAAACUCCUCCAGCAUUUGACCAACCACCGAAUUGGCUGUAGCCUCCAUAGUUCGGAGUAUACUGACGACCGAAUCCGCCACUAAACGGACGACCGUAAUAGCCUCCUGAAUUUGAAUAUAGAUAAAUUAUAAUAAGAACCUCCGGGACGACCGCCAUAGUAUCCUCCGCCGUACGGUCUUCCGUAGUAUCCGCCUCCGAGUGGUCGUCCGUAAGACCCUCCGCCGUACUGGAAGCGUUGUUCUUCAGGUUUCUGAUCAGUCGGUGCAUCAAGAAGGAUUUCAGUAUUGCGUGUGGCUAAAACUGUUGGAAUAGCAAUGUCAUCGCUCAUCAUCGCAGUGCGAGUAUCAAUGUUUUCAUCCAUUAAUACUUCGCCGUCGUCCAUCAUCACCACAGGAACUACAUGGCGACUCUUCCGGCUCGCCUCUUCGUCAUUUUCCGCCCAUGAAGUACCGAGUAUCACGAAAAGGCAAGUAAGC